UGUCCGAAGUGGGCGCUUUACCCUCCUUAAUCUGGACAAAUGUUUUUUUCUUCUUGCAAGAAUUAAUAAACCCUAAAAAAUCAAUUUAUCUGAUCUAUCCUUGACCUAGAUAACUUCAUCACAUUUUCUAAAUCAUUGUGGAAAUUUUAAGAUUUCUUGAUACAGUUAUUUCCCUUGUGGCUUUUCUUCAAUAUUUUUUGUGGUUUUGCAGUUUCUUGAUUUAGCAACAGUGUUGGUGUUGGUAUAUUUAUAGAAGUGAGCAAAUUAAAGAAUAAGUAACAUUAAUUAAGUAGAUGAGCAAAUGGAAGGUGCAGAAGUUGUGAAGAAUGAGAGAGAUGAAGCGAGUUCAAGCUCUCCUGCAAAACCACAAUCUCAAGUACCAUCAUCCAUGGCGGGCUACGAUCCAAAGCGCAUUCCUUCAUCUGUAUUCUCAAACAAAUCAGGAACAGAGUGGAGCCUCACCUCCAACGACUCCUUAUUUAGCAUUCAGAUGGGAAACAACAGCUUUUCCAACGACUACGCCAUCAUGUACGGCAAAUCUGGUGAUUUCGAUCCGAGCAACAAUCUACAGCUCAAAUCUGGCGAGCUGCCGCGCCUCGACGAAUGGAGCAACAACAACCGACGGGGCAAGUCUAGUGAGGUGAACAGCCUUCCUCCGGUUAUGGAGCAAGAAGAAUCUAGCGUGCAGUCCGGCGAGUCAUCGUCGCGAGCUGAAAAGAAAGAAGGCGGAAGCCCGUAUGUUAGCGAGUGCCCUCCUCCAGCUACCUUCAAACCUCCGGUUAGCCCCUCGCUUAAUCCUCGGAUUUCUGACGUCAGUGCCACCAGCAACAAGUCGUUUGCAUUUCCAGUGUUGGUGAGCGACAGCGGAAAGAAGGAAGAGUCGGUUAGGGUUGGUGUGGAGAAGGGUGACAACAGAGCACCACAACCACAAACACAAGAAGAGCCACAAGCGCAGGCACACAAGCCUAAUAGAUGGUUUUCUUGCUUCUCAUGCGCUAGGCCACGCUGUUGUUAGCUCACAUAUUAAUUGGAUAGUGUUUCAAUUCAUUCUCAAUUUUAGUUUAGAGUUGAAGAUAUGAAAAAAUGAUUGUUUGCAACGCUACUCUCCAAUGCAGUAAACAUUAAUUCUCA